AUGAGGUGUUGCGCUCAUAUAGUGAACCUAAUUGUCACUGAAGGAUUGAAGGAAAAACAUGGGUCAAUUGAAGCAAUUAGAAAUGUUGCGAGGUUAGUUAGGUCUUCUCCUUCUAGGCUUAAAAAGUUUAAGGAGUGUGUGAUGGAGGAAUGGAUUGAAUGUAAACGAUUUCUGUGUUUAGAUGUCCUAACAAGAUGGAACUCCACAUUCCUAAUGCUUAAUUGUGCAAUGAAAUUUCAGAAGGCAUUUGAGAGAAUGUUAUCAGAUGCAAAUUAUAUGAAAUAUUUUGAAGAGGUUGACAAAGAUGGAAAGCCAAAGGAGGGAACCCCCACUGAUGUUGAUUGGGAUAAUGCUUCACUGUUUGUGAGAUUUUUGGAGACUUUUUAUGAAGUAACAUUAAAGUUUAGUGAGUCUACUUAUGUUACUACUAAUAUGUACUUCAUUGAGAUCUGCAAUAUGCAACAUGAGUUGUAUGCCUUAGCACUUGAUGAUGAUGGUGACGAGUUGUUGGGGACAAUGGAAAAGAGCGUGAAACUAAAGUAUGACAAGUAUUGGGGAAAGCUUGAUGAUUGUAACGAGUCACUUUUCAUUGUCUUGAUUCUUCACCCAAGAUACAAGCUUGAGUAUCUCAGUCAUUGCUUUAGUGCUAUUUAUGAUGAGAUGACAUGCGCUCAGAUGGUGAAAAGGGUAGAGCAAACAAUAUGGGCAACGUUUGAUCAAUAUAAUGCGACAACAUCAAGUCUUCAUCCAUCGACAUCAAUGAAUCCACCACAAUCUCAGUCUAUUAUUAGUGGUUCCUCCAGUAGUGGGUGCAAAUACAAGAUCUUAUCACUCAUGGAUCGUGAUGUGUUAGCUAUACCGGUUACCACUGUUGCCUCUAAGGUGGCAUUUUCUACUGGAGGUCGAAUUUUAGAUCCUUUUAGGAGCUCACUAAGCCCAAAGAUGGUUGAAGCAUUAACUUGUCUCAAAAACUGGUGGAGUAGAUCACAUCAACCCAUAAUUGUUCGAGACUAUAUGGAUGAAGAAGAAGUGCUUCAAACAUCCGAGUAUCUUGAGUCUGAGAUGAUUGAUGAUAUUAGUGAUGGGCCAGCCUCAUUCUCUAUCAAUGUUUUGUCUUCAACCUCAUCAUCUGCACAACAAUCUGCGAAUUGA